UCCAGUGGGAGGCGCUGUUUCUGAAAGCAAGACAGCCGUCAUCCUGCUUUACAUGCUGUUUUUGAAUGGUAGCAACUGUGUAAACAGACGUUGCGCCUUUUUAUCUUUAUUUUCAGGUUCUUUCUUUCAGUAAAUCAAUUUCAGAUGGAUUUAGAAGGUGGAACAUACGAGCCUGGAUUUGUUGGAAUACGUUUUUGUCAAGAAUGUAAUAACAUGUUGUACCCUAAGGAAGACAAAGAGAACCGCAUCUUGCUGUAUGCGUGUAGAAACUGUGAUUAUCAGCAGGAGGCUGACAACAGCUGCAUCUAUGUCAACAAGAUCACCCACGAGGUUGAUGAACUGACACAAAUCAUCGCUGAUGUAGCCCAGGAUCCAACGCUACCGAGAACAGAGGAUCACCCCUGUCCAAAAUGCGGUCACAAGGAGGCAGUGUUCUUCCAGUCUCACAGUAUGAAGGCUGAGGUAAGAAUUCCCCUUAAAGGAGGUCUUUAUGACCUUUCUGUAGUUGUUCCUCAUUGGAUGUUAUUGACAUAUUUUGAACUUAUUUGAUCAAAAACAAUGUUUACAUAAAUGUUUUUGCACACCUGAUUAAUUGACCUACAUUGGGUUCACUAUUGCAGCCUAGAAAACUCAACUACACAACAAAACUACUCCUCUUCAAACACCAAUCUGAAUCAGGAAAGAGACAAUUAGCUGAAUAAAUGUUUCAAUUGUACCUGUUUAUAAUGACUAUCAGCUUUCGAAGUGAAAAAUUAGUACUAAAACUGAUUAAUGGGAAAAACAAUUUUAACAUUAACUUACUAAAUUAAACAGGCCUUGCAGUUUUAUAAGGCUUAAUUGAAAUGAUUAAUAAUUAGAAAUGCAAA